AUGGCAGAUCUAAACGAGAAGUUUGCUGAGCGCGAGCAGUCCACCUGCGAGAAAGGAGCCUUGGAAGAGCUUCAGUCGCAGUCUCCCUUCUCUGCAGAUGCUGAAAAAAAGCUCAUUCGCAAGGUCGACUUGAUGCUACUUCCAAUCAUGCUCUUCGCGUAUAUGAUGGCCUUUCUCGACAAGCAGGCGCUGAACUACACCUCUCUCAUGGGCCUCAGGGAGGACCUCGGUCUUGUGGGAUCACAGUACAGCUGGUCUUCCAGCAUCUUCUACUUUGGUUACCUCUUCUUUAGCCCGAUCGCCUCCAUGUUACUGGUCAAAUUUCCCCUAGGGAAAUACCUCGCCAUGAACUUUAUCAUCUGGUCCGUCGUCCUUGCCUGCCACGCCGCAACAACAAACUUCACCGGGAUCAUGAUCACCCGGUUCUUCCUGGGUGUUACGGAGGCCAGCAUCUCUCCAGGCUUCAGUCUGAUUACCUCACUGUGGUAUCGAUCCUCGGAGCAACCGCUGCGUCACGGUAUCUGGUUCUGUGGAAACUCGCUCUCGUUAAUUUUCGGCAACUUGAUUGCUGUUGGAAUUUGGCAGAUUGAUAGCGGUAUAAAGCCGUGGCAGUGGCUUUUUAUCAUCUUUGGCCUGGUCACCUUUCUAUGGGGCAUUCUCAUGCUGUUCCGGCUCCCGGAUUCUCCCACCAAUGCCAAGUUCCUUACAGAAGAAGAGCGCGCAAUUGCACUCCACCGACUGGCCUCGAAUAAAGCGGGCUUCAAAUCAAACCAGAUCAACCGCGACCAGAUCAUUGAGGCUUUCGUCGAUCCGAAGACAUAUCUACUCGCCGUAUACAUCCUGGCCGCUAAUAUCCCGAAUGGCGGGUUUACUACGUUCUCAGGUCUCAUCCUCAAGGGCUUCGGAUACAAUACAUUCCAUACACUUCUGCUGGGUAUCCCGGGUGGAUUCGUCGUCUUCCUGCUUGUGCUGUCAUCAGCCCUGAUAGCUUCGAAGGUUCGCAACAGUCGCCUUAUCGUCUCGAUCGUAAUGACCAUCCUAAGUGUGGUGGGCAGCGCCCUUGUGUACUCAACAUCGGCAACCGCCUCUCGCUACAUCGGCCUAAUCCUCAUGGGGGCCUACUCCGCCGCACUGCCCGUAUUAAUGGCCAUGAUAAGUUCGAAUGUUGGGGGUUUUACCAAGCGGUCCACGGUGAAUGCCAUCUUCUUUGUCAUGUACUGCGUCGGGAAUGUUAUUGGGCCGCAGCUGUUUUUUGAAAGCGAGGCCCCAAGAUAUCAGAGUGGGCUGCAAGCAAUACUGAUCUGUCUCGUGGUGGUGGUCGUAGAUUGCAUUGCCUUAUUGGUCUAUUUGCGCAGGGAGAAUGUGAAGAGAGACAGGCUGGGGGUAGAUGGGCUCGAGGAGACCGGUGAGGGAGACGAUGAACUGAGAGAUCUGACCGACCUCAAGAAUCCGGCGUUUAGAUAUGUUUACUAG